UGUUGAAAAAAACAUUUUUGUGUGUUCCUAUCCAGCUGAAAAGCUAUGACGUACAUGCUUCUGCUGGGCGUUUCAUGCCCGAGUCCGCCUGUUGGUCGUUCAAUUUGUAGGUAUUUUGUCAUUGAGGGAAGUCAAAAACAGAAAACAUUUAGUCAGAUGGUUAUGAGGCACUAUGACUUGUUUGGGGUUCAGUUGAUUUCAAGAAUAAUUCUUAAACAGCUUAUAAAAGCAUACGAUGGGCCAAUCUUUCAACAUAGUACGGCUUUUGUAGGGUAGCGGGUAGCUUGAUGUAGCGUAGAUUGACGAAAACGGUAAGUUUUAGAAGUAUUCAAGGACUAACGAGGGUGCUAAUCUUACCGAUGUUCAUCACUACAGAUGCAUAGUGCAGUUUUCGUUCUACUGGCUGGGGCAGUCUUCGCCACUUCCAGUGUGUUAGGUUUUACAAACAAUUCUAAUGCCAUCUACAGAUGGGAAGGCGGCCGUAUCGAGUGGCCAUGUCCAACUACUAAACGGCUCGUAAUAGCCGCUGGCAAGUACAGCCCAAGGGAUCUGAUCGCCAUCCGGUGUCAACGAGUUGAAAACAAAACUCUGUGUGCUUUCCCGCGGUACAAGAACAGCAUUCCGAUAACGUUGAGUCAGAUUCACGCUACCAAAAAAGGUUGUGAUGUGAAAUUUGAACCGUUUCCUUGUUGGACCGAACAAGAGGAAGGAAACUGUAAUGCGUUGCAAUCUGCCAUUGAUAUCUAUAGCGUGGGAGAGUUCUUGUGGGUUUUGGACAGCGGAAUCGUCCAAGCUUUGCGGACGCCGAUUCAACGUUGUCCACCGAAGAUUGUUGUGUAUGAUGGGAAAUCAGGAAAAAAGCUGAAGACAAUAAGCCUCGGACGGUUCGUUACGGAGAAGUCAAGACUACAGUAUCUACAGGUCGAAUGCCUGAAGGGCGGAAGAUGCUACGUGUACGUCAGUGAUGCUGGAAACAAUGCGAUAAUCGUUUACGAUGUUUAUGGAGGUCGUGGCUAUCGGGUAGUUUUACCGAAAGCUGUCCACCAUGGAUGCCGGUUCCGAGAUGUGCUGUACAUAUUCCUGUCCUUCCAGAAAGAAGGCACAAAACUGUACUUCAGCUAUCUAGGAGGACGACGACUCUUCGCUAUUCGCACCGAGCAUUUGCGAAAGGGCCAUGGAGGAAAUAUUAUUGAUGUCGGUGAGAAGCCCAACGUUCCUAUCUUCAUCGGAACUGAUGCUGGCACUGGUGUGUUUUUCCGUGAAGAAGGGGACAGUGAUAUCUACUACUGGAACACCAACCAAUGCUACAAGAAAUCCAAUUUCAAAUUAGUCUACAAGAGUACCGGAGGCCUGUAUGCUACCCAUGUAUUCCCCGAUUUUAAAAUCAAUAGACUGCUGGUUUUGGAAAACGACUUCCCAAGUUACGUGAAAGAUUACGCGGGCUGCGGGACCUUGCAUCAAAUUUCUAUUCUGGAUGGCACAUAUACAUGUGAGUAACGGUUGAUGCCAUAAUUGUUGAAAACGAGCUGUACAGGCAAGUGAUAUUUUUUAAGUUAUUUUAAAUUUGUUAAAGUUAUUUAAUUUAAAUACAA